AACUGAAUAGAUGAAAUGAUCAUUAGAAAACACAUUUGUAAUGGCCAGUACUAUGUAGCGUCUCUGGAGAACCUCCUGAAAAUUUUAAAGUGCGUUUUCAAAAACGUGAUGGGCAAAAGAAAAUGUAAACGAAAUUUCUCAAAUAAUAAGAAAAGAUACGAAAAAUUUAAUGAGAUUCUUAAAGAAAACAAAUCUUUUGAUGAAUAUUAUAAAAAAAAUUUAAAUUUUAAAGAUGAUGAAUGGCUGAAUUUUAUUCAAAGUGCACAAUCAGAUUUAUUAGCAACGUUUCAUUUAACUGCAAAUGAUUUUGAGGCAAAAUUGAUUUGGGAACAAUUGAAAGAAAAAUUUAUUAAAAAAAUUGAAAAUGAACAGAUGGAAAUUUUCACAAAGCUAGAAUGGUAUACACUGAGUGAAGCAUGGCAAAUAUCAGCUUCUCGAAAAAAUAUUAGAAAAUCUGAAGAAUUUUCAAAUUUCCAUAAAAUUCUUGUUGCUGAAACUGAAAUUGGUCACUUCAAUAGGCAAGAAGCUGUUAGCCUAAUUCCAGUUCAGCUAAUGGAUAUUCACUCGCACCAUAUAAUCCUUGACAUGUGCGCCUCUCCAGGUUCAAAGACGACCCAAAUUUUGGAAAUUCUUAAUGCCAAAUCAAACCUCAAGAAACACUUAUGUAAAAAUACUAAAUCCCCUCAAGAUUCUAUCACCGAUGACCAGGCCCACUUCGCAAAAGGGUUUGUAGUUGCCAAUGAUUCUGAUAGCAAACGUUGCUAUCUGCUGGUUCAUCAGACCAAGCGGCUCCGAUGCCCCAACCUUUUGAUAGUUAAUCAGGAUGCCUGUUUCAUGCCCAACUUAAGAUAUUUAUCUAACAAUUGUGCUGAUAAAGUGGAUACUAAAAAGGGUGAAAGUAAUGAGAAGGAUGACAAAUCUCAUCAAGUAACUACCCUUUCAAACGAGGAGGGGAAAAAUCAAGGGCCCUUGAUGUACACCAACCUGGCUUACGAUAGGAUUCUUUGCGACGUUCCUUGCACGGGAGACGGUACAUUGCGCAAAAAUCCUUUGAUAUGGUCAAAAUGGACUUCCACACAAGCUAACAGCAUACACCAAUUACAACUAAGAAUAUUGAAAAGAGGUCUAGAGCUUCUGAAAAUAGGGGGGUAUUUGGUUUAUUCAACUUGUUCUCUCAAUCCCGUCGAAAAUGAAGCUGUUAUAAGCUCCAUGUUGAAGGAAGCCCAGGACGCGAUAGAAAUCAUCGACGCGUCGGAAAAGUUAUCUGGGUUGUUAUACGUCCCCGGUUUGACUGAUUGGAAAGUUAUGUCCAAAAAUGGAGUAUUUUACGAUACUUUUAAAGACGUGCCUGUGAAUAUGCAAGAUCAGUUAAAAGAAACUUUGUUUCCUCCAAAUGAUAUACCAAUAUCGGAUCAACUUAAAAAAUGUAUCAGAAUAUAUCCUCACCUUCAAAACAGUGGAGGGUUUUUCGUGACGCUUAUUAGAAAGAACAAAAAUAUGCCCUGGCUUAAUCAAUCGAAAAUACAUUCUACUUUCGGAAAUCAUCAGUGGCGUGUUCGGGAUCUGCAUUUUCCCGAAAAGGACAUUAUUUUAGCCGAUUAUUUUGAAAAUCAAGUUGGGAAAGAAGGCGAAAUCAUUUCAACAUCGAACGAAAAUUCUCUUAACGACGAAAGCACAUUGGAAACUAAGUUAUAUGCCAAUGGUGAUAAUAUAGGGAUCGUUGAGGAGAAGGUAACUACCCAAAAAUUUUCGCGAAAAUCUUCUCACAAUAAACAUUGUUACAAAGAAAAUCCGUUUUUGUUUAUGAAACAGAACGGCAAUGCUCUUUGGGACGAUAUAAGAAAGUUCUUCGAUUUUUCUCCUCUCUUUCCCGUCCAAAAUGUGAGUUACCGCAGCGAAGAUAAAGCCAUUCCCACUUCCAAACCUAUUCUUAAUCCCGAUGACAAUCUAAACGGUGGUAAUACCGUUAUUCGUGAGGAAAAUGAAAACGAAACCAUAAAACAUAAUCUUUACUUUGUCCACCCUACCGUGCGUCAAAUCAUUCUAUUAAAUAUGGAUAGGCUGAAAAUUAUUAAUACUGGAGUAAGGAUAUUAGCUUAUAAUCGAUCAUUGAAAUGCGAUCACCCUUAUCGACUCUGUCAAGAUGGUAUUUCAUUAACCAGUAACUAUAUUGGAGCUCGUAAAAUCUAUAUAAAAUUUUUCGAUUUUAUCAAAUUGAUAACUCACGAAAACGUGAAAAUGGAAGAAUUAAGUGAAGAUACGCGUAAACAAACCAAAGAUAUGGGAUUAGGUAGUAUAUGUUUAGUAUUGCAAUACAAUUCAAAAACUUUGACGGAGUCCGAAAUGACCAAUGUGGAAGUGAACAAAAAAAUUAAAGAAAUAAUCUUGAAUUUUAGUGCCUGGCUAGCACCGACGUCUAUACGCUUAUUUCUUAAUAAAAUGGAAAUACAUCAUUAUGCUUUUAUGUUUGGCGUGCCUCUUAUUCAAAAAGAUCGCGAGGAUAAGAUGAGCAAUACUCCUGAUACUCUUGAAACGAUAAAAGAAAUUGAAUAAAAUAAGAUAUAUUGAUUUCAUGCACACAUUUUGAUAAAUAUAGUGUACUGUAAAUAAAGAAUAUA